AUGAAACAGCGUGAAAACUGUCGUGCUAUAGGCUAUCGUGGAGGAAAAAUCGCCCAGUUAAAACCACAACCGACGCACCAGCGUCUGCUAAGGAACCUCAUCGGAAGCCGCAAGGAAACUCCUCAGUCGACGGUAGAACAUCGCAAGAAACGGGAUCGCACGCAAGUGGAUACGAAAGCAAGGCGAGUGAGUAUCACGUUGCCCAACAAAUCCGGUCGCCGUCUCACACUCCACCUUCCCGCAGAAUCGCCGACUCGUCGCAGCUCUCGCGAGAGCGAUGUGUCGCAGGAGCUACGUGACGUCUUUCGACGACGUGAAUCGCAACCAGUCGAAUCACGCAGGACGUCGCAAUGUUCUUCGUCAGGCAACCGGCGGUUCUCUGUUGCUCACGAUAGCUCUCGGCGUGUUUCCCAGCAGAUUGAGUCCCGCAGGAUGUCGCAGAGUAGUUCCCACGGUGAACGGCGCACCUCGAUUGCUCACGAUAGCUCGCGGCGACAGUCACGCGAGUUUCAAGAAUUCAUGCGCGACGUGCGACGGCACUCACGUGACUUAUACAAUGAACGUGAUCUCGACCAAGAGGACGCGAUGAGAAGAGAGAUGGAAACGCGCUGGCUGGCCGACUAUAUUCGUGACUAUUAUGAAGUCGUUCAACAACGACGAAAAUGGCGCGACAUGCUCUAUAAUCUGCAGAAUCGCCGAUUUCUGCGCGAAGCGCCUGUGCGACCUAUACAACAGGAAAUGUCGCCUGAUCGGCAGGGAGCACGCGUGUCCACGAAACCUAGGGUUUUCCCAGGUCUCGAGCCACUGUACGAGAAGCAUGAGAGCCGUCACGAUGGCAGACGACGUCGCCUACGUAACUCCUUCGUUCGUCGAGCCGCCUUGUCACAUGACGCAGUAUUCAUGUCGCGAAAACCGGAGCAAAUUGAUGAUAGGUCAAUGUUUCUUCGGCGGAAAUUUUUGUCAACGGCAGCAGUAUCAAGUCUGGACAGCACGAACUCAACGGAAUCCAGUGCGCCCGAAGCAAUCUUCGCCAGCAGUGUCGACAGCGCCGGCAGCGACCUCGAACAUCGUCGACUCUCCUUGAUGAAUCGCCUACCGACCGGCAGCAUGCCACAAAUGAUUUCAAGGCCGAUGGCAACUAAUAACCCACUUCAAAAUCCACAACGGCGACGGAUGCAGGGCAGAGAUUAU